AUGUUUGGCCUGUCGAAAGACGGACCGUUUCUCACGGGCGAAGACUGCAAGUCGGCGUUCAACCUCUUCUGCUGCAUCUACGGCAUCGGGACGCUCGGCAUGCCCGGGAACUUUGCUCGCGCUGGGCCCGCGAUCGCUGUGAUCGCUAUGGCGUUCAUGGCGUUCGCCAAUAUCUACUCGUCCGUGACCAUGUCCAAAGUGCUGUUGCUCGCGCCCAAGUCGGUCAAGACGUUUGGCGACUUGGGGCAGUGGAGUAUGGGCGCGACGGGUCGCUGGCUGUGUGUGAUCUCUCAGAUGGGCUCGUGCCUGCUCCUGCCGUGCGUCUUCCUCGUGCUGGGCGGCCAGUUGCUCGACGGCCUCUUCGUCCACGCUUUUAGUCAGACGACGUGGACCGUCUUCAUGGCUCUGAUGGUGCUGCCGGUGUGCCUCGUGCCGACGCUCAAAGAGGGCGCGGCCGCUGCCUUUGCUGGUUGUUUGGGCACGAUCCUUGCCGACAUAAUCGGCGUAGCGGUCGUGAUGCACGGGAUGCGGGGACACCCGGGCGUGCCGUUCCCGGAUUUGAAGUUCUCGCAAGUCGUGGGCGUCUUCGGGAACCUCACGCUCGCGUACGGCGCAGGGAUUGUCAUUCCCGACUUGCAGCGUCAACACAGCAAUCCGUCGCGCAUGCCUCGAGUGGUGGGCGUAACGGUGGGCUUCGUGUCGAUUCUGUUCCUCGUGCUGUCCAGUACGGCGUACUCGGCGGUGGGGUGCCAGAUCUCGGGCAACCUGCUCUUCACCAUCUACCCCGACAGAGAGUCGGGCUUGACGUCGCUCGGCUUCGCCCCGGAUUGGGGCACCGUCGUGCUCGCGUACCUGUUCAUGCAGCUCCACGUGACCAUUGCGUUCUCCAUCAUUCUGAAUCCCGCCUUUUUCAUCUGCGAGCGCCUGUUCUUGGGCAUGCACAAGGGCACAGUGGUUGACACGGGCGAUGACUUUGACUUUGUCGAGAACGGGUCGCCCGUGAAUGGGCAGGGGGUUCGUCCGAACGGGUCGCCCGUUAGUGGACAGCUAACGCAUCCAGACUCGACCGACCGUCUCUCGAUGCCUCUUUCGAGUCGUCGAUCCAAGAUGCCCUAUGUGUCCGUGGCCGAAUCGGUGGGUGUGUAUAAGGACAAUGAGAACGAGGAGGACGAAGCUGCCGAGUACACUGGCGCCAACGUCAUCAAGUACAUUGUGCUCCGUAUCGUCCUCGUCGCUAUCCUCGUCGCGCUCGCGAUUAUCUUUAAGGACCACUUCUCCGAGUUUACGGACUUUAUCGGUGCGUCGUGCAUCACGAUGAACUGCAUUCUACUUCCGAUCGUGUUUUACCUCAUCAAGGCGUGGGACCGCGUUCCGAUGUACGAGAAGGUCGCUGCGUGCAUUGUGCUGGUCGUUUGCUUCCUCCUCGGGUGCUACGUCACGUAUACGAGUGGCAAGACUCUUUUCUCCGACGUCGACAACGAUGCCGCGUUCCCGUACUGCGACAGCGAGUUUGAAAACCAAGUCUACUACAACUACACUGCCGAGCACAUGCCGUAG